AUGUCGCAGCCGAGAUCGCAAGCAUCUUGGCCGGCGGGCAUUGCCAAGGUCCGCCUAGAGCCGACGGAUAUAUCCCGAACAGAACUCCCGGAAGAGGAAGAAUCCCAGCCAACCUCAACCCCCGAAGAUGGGUUACGUCAACGGCGAACCCUUGUCGAGAAAUGGGCCACCGCCAGUCAGGAAUUCCGCGAGUCGUACCAUAGUCGUGCCCCAGCAUACGACUCAGCUCUCGACUACCCGGCCUCGUUGCUCUCACAGCUAGCCCGACGACCGGACAAGCGCUUCCUGUCGGGUGCUGGCUACGCCCCCCGCUGCCACAUUCCGGAGCUGCUAGACCUCGCUGCGCCUACCGCGCUUAGCGAGGUCCUUCCUGCGUUGUACCUUAACCAAGCAGAUUUCCAUGCCCUCUCGAUGACUCGGCGAGGCACGGUGGUGUUCGCCGACGGGCCGGACUACAGUUGGUACGUGAUCGACGCACCAGGGCUAGCCACAGGGCAGAUGGCUAUAGUAGAGUUUGGCUCCAACGGACAAGUCCGCGACUCGAUCCUCCGUCGACCCUGGAAUAUAGGCCAGGUGGUUCUCUUCGGCGAGAUGGGUCGUCGGGUCGCGGACUUGGCUGAAUCAUCGAUUGGGGGUCCGCCGCGGAUCAAUGAACCCUUGGACAUGGACCGUCCUAUUCUCGAGCUCUUAGAGUCAACCCGACAAAGCAACAAGUUCAUGGACGUGGGUUACGGACAUCCGGACCUGUGGGUGCAGAUUAUCGAGAAGAGUGCGCCCGGGUAUCUGGAGCUUGAGGCCCAAGGGCGGGAGGUGGAAUUCGAGCUUAAUGAUCUGGUGCAGUGUGAUGCAUGGUAUUGA